AUGCGCAACAUCUCAUCCAUCUCUGCCCUCGCCCUGUUGCUGGUUUCAGCAGUGGCAGGUAGUGUAUCGCCCAUUGACACCACCGAAAUCGAGCGCGCUGUCGAGUGCAACCCGGAAUCUGGACUGUGUAAUGUCGAGCUUGUGGACAGAGCUGUGACGAGCACGAAGCAUUCGAGUUCGAGCUCUUCUCAUAAGACGACCUCGACCAAAAAGUCUUCCUCGACCAAGAAAUCGUCCUCAACCAAGAAAUCAUCAUCCACAAAGAAGACUACUGCAAAGACAACUUUGAAGACUGAGGUCAAAGUCGUGACCACGAAGGCCGCGACGGUCACGUCCUCUUCCAAGAAGCCUACUUCAUCAUCCAAGAGUUCAAGCAAGCCAGCCUCUUUCAGCUCCAGGAAGACUUCCUCUUCAUCAGUCAUCAAGCCUACCACUGUUGCCAAGGCUGUAACCUCUUCUUCGAAGACCUCAACCACGAGCACCAAGCCUGCUUCUAGCAGCUCCAAAGUCUCGUCGACUAGUAGCAAGGCUACCUCUAGCAGCAAGGUCACCUCCUCGACCUCAAGCUCAAAGAAGCCUACUUCAACCUCAAGCUCGUCUAGCAAGAAGACCAGCAGCAGCACUUCAUCAAAGGCUACUUCCACAUCUGUGAAGUCAUCCUCAACAACCUCGUCAGUAACCCUUUCGUCUUCUAGCCCAUUCAGCACAUCCAUUCCUGCAGUAUCCACUUCUUCGCAAGUUGCACUGCCUCUGUCUAUCAAUUUGUCGUCGUCAAGCUCUGUAUCGAGCUCGAUCUCCGCGUCAUCUGCCGCUGCCAUAUCCGCUUCGUCGAGCAACAACUCCUCAGUGGUUAGCAGCAGCAGCAGCAGCAGUCUGAGUCUCUCGUCCUCAAGCUCUUCUAGUGCCAGCUUGGCUGCUGCUACUUCGGCAUCAUCGAGCGCUAGCUCUGCAGCUCUAUCGUCUUCUUCUUCUCUCUGCUAUGUCUUCCUCAUCUUCUUUUCCACUUCCCUGUCAUCAUCUUCACAGUCAUCUUCUUUGCCUACAAGCUCUACCCAAAUCACAUCGUCUUCUGCUGCGGCUUCAUCCACACCAGUCUCCUCAAACAGCACACUCACAUCCUCCGACAGCAAAACCUCCACUUCCAUCAAGCCUACUACUAGCUCAACCUCGACCAAACCCACCAGCAGCUCGACUUCGGUCAAGCCUACCACCACUUCAUCAUCAACCACUUCCACAUCGUCUUCGUUGAGCAGUAGCUCCAGCAAGACAAGCUCAUCAGCAUCCACCACUUCUUCCGCUUCUUCAUCUUCAUCCUCUUCAUCCACUUCUUCGGCAGCAGCAUCAUCUACAGUUGCCGCUUGCAAGAAGCGCAGAAGAAAGGUCAGAAGAGCCGCCGUCGCUGCUCCUGUUGAGACACAGGCUCCUGUCAUGAAGCUCGCCGAUCUGCCGCCUGGUGCUGUUGCAGACAUGCUUUACUAG